AUGACUGAUAUCCUAAACCCUACACUAAUAACCAUUGUAAGUGUGGGUUUCAUUAUAGGAAUCUUAGGAAAUACAUUCAUGGCACUGGUGAACAUCAUGGACUGGGUCAAGAGAAGAAAGAUCUCUUCAGUGGAUCUAAUCCUGACUGCUCUCUCAGUCUCCAGAAUUGCUUUUCUAUGCUUAUUCAUGUCAAGUCUAUUGCUGUCUUUACUAUAUCCAGGUUUAAUCACACGUGAAAAAAUUGUGAGAAUGCUUAGUAUGUUCUUCUUAGUGACCCACCAUUUCAGCAUCUGGCUUGCUACCUGCCUCAGCAUCUUUUAUUUUUUCAAGAUAGCCAAUUUUUCCAACUCUCUUUUUCUUUAUCUAAAGUGGAGAGUUGAAAAAGUGGUUUCAGUGACAUUGCUGAUGUCUCUGCUUCUCUUGUUUAUAAACAUUGUCAUCAUAUACACACAGAUGGAUGCCUGGGUACAUGGAUUCAAAGCAAAUAUAUCCUACAGUUUACUCUCAAGUAACUUUGUAAAAUUUUCUAAUAGUCUUUUAUUCACGAACACUAUGUUCACAUUCAUACCUUUCACUAUGUCACUGAUGACUUUUCUCCUGCUAAUCUUCUCCCUUUUGAAACAUCUGAAGAACAUGCACUGCAAGUCCAAAGGAUCCAGAGAUGUCAGCACCGCGGCCCACAUCAAGGCCCUGCAAACUGUCGUCGCCUUCCUGUUACUGUACACCCUUUUUUCCCUGGCGCUUCUUUUACAGUCUCAGAGCACUUAUCUUCAGAUGAGAAAUCCAAGUUCUUUGUUUUGGGGUGUUAUGGGAAUUGCUUUUCCUUCAGGACACUCAUGUGUCCUGAUUGUUGGAAACAGUAAGCUGAGACGGGCCUCUCUGUGGUGCCUUAGGUGCCGGAUGAAAGAGGCUACACUCUUGAGUUCAUAA